UAUGUAUGAAAUGCACUCAUAUAACUUUGUACUCAUAUUUGUGCUUAUUCUGACAGAGUCUGACAUAUGUAACUCAUGGGAGGACCAGACUUUAGUCUGUCGUUAUGGUCAAGAGUAUGCAAGCUUGGAGAGGGUCUGGUGCAAGAAAGAGUCUGAGAAGUGCUGUACAGGCCUUGCUUUCAGUAAGAAAAUAAGGUCCAUUGACAAUGGAAGCGUGGAAAUAACUGACGACAUGGCGACUGCUUUCACAGUCACCGUGAAAAAACUGAGUCAAGGAGAUGGGGUGUACUGGUGUGGCCUGGUGUUUAAGAAUCAAACCAUCAUCAAGCUGGCAGAGAAAUACUUUCCAAAUGGUGGCGGAAGGCACAUACAGUGAAAUCCCCUUGCGUGCCAGAGGCGCAGAUCGUGAAGCUGACAACACAGUUAUUGAGGAGUGAUGGCAGAGGCAGAGUGGUGGUUCAAUAUCUCCGUCUUGUCAUAAUGUUGCAUCUCUGUUUCAGAGACUUGUGCUACUAUGUUAACUGUGCUGUUAGCUGUGUUUAGACAC